AAAAAAAACUGUCAGAAUCCCAAAAUAAAAGACAUUACUAAAAGUUGAAUUAAAACCGUACUACUAAAAGAUCCACGACUUCAUCUGGUCACAAGAAAUUCAUAUAAGACUAAGUCAACGAAUGUUUAAGCUCCACUUCCCAAGUUCUUCCCGGCCGGCGAGUAGUACGUACACUUCAGCAGUUCAGCCAGGGAUGGCACUGUGAAACUCGCCGUGUUCCUGCCUGAACCAAUGGCUUCAAUGCAGGCCAAAAAUGGAGAUUCUGACUCUAGUCUUGCCUCCACUAGUAGUACUAGCCUCAGCCCCAGUGUCAACUUACCUGAAAGGCAACCUUUAUUGAAGAGAUCAAAGACUAUUGCCGCCGACGAGACGGCCACGGCUCAUUUCCCAGGUCCACUUUUUCCGGCCGUCCGCCGAGUUGCUACUUCGCCUUCAUCCUUUCACCGGAGUUCCGAAUCUUCAACUUCCUCCUCCUCCUCGCCCACCACUUCCACCUCCAGUUUUACCAACUCCGGCACCGGGACUUCGAGUUUCUCCGAUCACGCCUUCGACUUUGCGGAUCGCGACUACGUAUACCCGUCUUUCCUCGGACCUUACGCGACCCGGGGCAGGGCUAAUGCAAAAUCUCUGUCCAAGUCGCCGACGAUGGAGCCUCUUUCGGGUCGGACCCUGGGCAGGAAUGCUUCAAUGCCGCCUGGUUUGACCGUGGAUGUGACCCGUCCUAAGAUGGACUCGUCCCACAAGAUCGGUGGCGCAAUUCCUCCUAGACCGGGAAAACUGAAGCCCGAACCCAGGCCCAAAAUGGCGAAGCUGAAAGGUGAGAAGGAAUUGAACCCGUUGACUAUCCAAGUCCCUGCUACUGCAUCAUCAUCCGGCAAUUCUUCGGCGAAUUCUUACACUGCUCGAAAUCCUUCCGGAUCAACCAAUCAUUGGAUUAUUAACUUGCUGACAUUAAUAAGUACAUUGUCUACAUGUUACGCAAUUUACUUGCAAGCUAAAGUAGGGAAGCUUCAGGAAGAGAAUGAUAGCCUUCGUAGAUUAUGUAGCUCUAAAGGUGCCUAUGGUGGCAACAGCAUUGAUCUAUUGGGAUUAGGAAAUGGGAUUUUGUAUUCUUUCUUCAGUGAAACGGACAGUAGAAAGAUUGCCCUCUUCACAGUUGUAUGUACUCUUGUAACCCCAUUCGUAGUUUACAAGUAUCUUGAUUAUGCUCCGCAAAUUAGGCAUCCAACCAGGAGUGCGAAAGAUAAUAAAGAAGAGGUUCCACUGAAGAAGAGAAUCGCCUAUACGGUAGAUGUUUGUUUCUCUGUUUAUCCUUACGCAAAGCUACUCGCCCUUCUCUUUGCCACUCUGUUUCUCAUUGGAUUUGGGGGAUUGGCAUUGUAUGCUGUCGGCGAUGGCAGCUUUCUUGAAGCUCUUUGGCUCUCAUGGAGUUUUGUGGCUGAUUCUGGGAAUCACGCUGACACAGUUGGUACCGGGCCAAGGAUUGUCUCAGUUUCUAUAAGUUCAGGGGGAAUGCUUAUAUUUGCCAUGAUGUUGGGGCUUGUUUCAGAUGCUAUUUCAGAAAAGGUUGAUUCGUUGCGGAAAGGAAAGAGUGAGGUUAUUGAAAAUAACCACAUACUUAUUCUUGGAUGGAGUGACAAAUUGGGUUCUCUUCUGAAACAACUAGCAAUAGCAAAUAAGAGCAUUGGUGGAGGUGUUGUUGUUGUACUUGCCGAAAGAGAUAAGGAGGAAAUGGAGAUGGACAUUGCAAAGCUUGAGUUUGACUUCAUGGGUACAUCUGUUAUUUGCAGAAGCGGCAGCCCCCUUAUUCUUGCUGAUUUGAAGAAGGUUUCAGUCUCAAAGGCCCGCGCCAUAAUUGUCCUUGCAUCUGACGAGAAUGCUGAUCAGAGUGAUGCACGUGCUCUGAGGGUUGUGCUUAGCCUGGCGGGAGUCAGAGAGGGAUUGAAGGGUCAUGUUGUUGUAGAAAUGAGUGAUCUUGACAAUGAACCAUUAGUAAAACUUGUUGGUGGAGAAUUAAUUGAAACAGUUGUGGCGCAUGAUGUUAUUGGAAGGUUGAUGAUACAAUGUGCUCUCCAACCUGGCCUUGCACAGAUAUGGGAAGACAUUUUGGGGUUUGAAAAUGCAGAGUUUUACAUUAAAAGGUGGCCUCAACUGGAUGGUCUGCAAUUUCGUGAUGCAUUGAUAUCAUUUCCUGAUGCGAUUCCAUGCGGAGUCAAAGUUGCUGCAGAUAAGGGCAAGAUAAUCAUGAAUCCAGACGAUACAUAUGUUUUAAAAGAAGGUGAUGAGAUUCUUGUCAUUGCUGAAGAUGAUGACACAUAUGCUCCAGGACCCUUACCAGAGGUGCGUGAGGGUCGUUGUCCUCGAAUGAUCGAUCCUCCAAAGUAUCCGGAAAAAAUACUUUUCUGUGGCUGGAGGCGUGACAUAGAUGACAUGAUUAUGGUGUUGGAGGCCUUCCUUGCCCCAGGAUCAGAGUUGUGGAUGUUUAAUGAGGUUCCUGAGAAAGAUAGAGAAAAGAAGCUGACAGAUGGUGGGCUUGAUAUUUCAGGGCUAGAGAACAUCAAACUUGUACAUCGUGAAGGGAAUGCUGUCAUCAGACGUCAUCUGGAAAGUCUUCCUCUGGAGACAUUUGAUUCUAUAUUAAUUCUUGCAGAUGAAUCUGUUGAAGACUCCAUAGUUCAUUCUGACUCGCGAUCACUUGCUACCCUUCUCCUAAUCCGAGAUAUUCAGUCAAAGCGUCUUCCAUAUAAAGAUUCAAAAUCCCAUCCUCUAAGGAAUUCUGGGUUCUCACAGAGCUCUUGGAUUCGUGAAAUGCAGCAAGCAUCAGACAAAUCAAUAAUUAUAAGUGAGAUUUUGGAUUCCAGGACCAGGAACCUUGUUUCAGUUUCCAGAAUCAGUGAUUAUGUGCUAUCGAACGAGCUAGUGAGCAUGGCCCUUGCUAUGGUCGCCGAAGAUAAGCAAAUCAACCGUGUACUCGAAGAGCUAUUUGCUGAAGAGGGAAAUGAAAUGUGCAUCAAGCCAGCAGAAUUCUAUCUCUAUGAUCAAGAAGAACUCAGCUUUUAUGACAUAAUGAGAAGGGGCCGUCAAAGGCAGGAAAUUGUGAUAGGUUUCCGUCUUGCAACAGCUGAAUGUGCUGUAAUCAACCCGGUGGAGAAGUCAAAACCACGGAAGUGGUCCCUUGAUGAUGUUUUCAUCGUGAUUUCCUCAGGCAAUUGACAAAAGCGACGAACCAUUAUAUCUGCACAAGUGUAUAUAUGACAGAUUGUGAUGGAAUCAGAUGGUUCAAGUUUUCUGCUGGUCAUGGCGUUGAGCUGUUAGAUAAAAUAUGACCUUUCUGGAAAGGAAAUCAGCAGCUGCUGUCAAAUUAGUUUCAGGAAUUCUUUUUGGAACAAGUAUUGCUGGGUGACAUAGCAUCGGCAGAAAUAAAACUAGAUAGAAUUUUGACAUGCUAGAAAGUUAGAAGUAGCUGCGUGACCAGUUGAGUUAGGUGCUCCUGAGCUCUUCUUUUUUUUUUUUUCAAAGCUCAGUGCAGCGGGGAAAACUGUCACGCGGCAAUCGUAGUCUGAAGUUUCUUCUUCAACCAGAAUGGCUGCUGAUCUGAGAUGAAGAGAGAAGUGUCAGAUCAGCUUUAUUUGUCAUUGGUGAAGGCUGUUAAAGGUAGGCUAUUAUACUUUGUUUUGGUACAUAAUUGAAUAUUCAAAUACACCUAGGCUGCUGUUUAGUGAAAAUACGAGGACAUGAAGCAGCAACUUGCUGUUUAAAGAUACUGUAGCAUAUGCGGAUUGAUUGUUCAUUGGAUCUUGUGUUGUUUGUUUCAUUUUUUUAUGGUAUUUUUAAAUUAUAAUAUUAA